GUGGCGGCCGGAAGCGGAAGUAGCGAGGUUUCCAUGGCGGCGGCCGGAAGCGGAAGUAGCAUAGUCUCCAUGGCGGCGGCGGCGGCGGCCGGUGGUCCGGUGUUGUGGCGGCGGCUCUUGGGCCUGCUUCCUCACGGGAGGCUGGGCCUGGCCGCGCUGCUCGGGCGCCUCUCGGACCGGCUGUCCCUCGGCCGGGACCGGCGCUCCCGGCGAUCAUCAUGGCUGCUGCUGGCCCCAUUGCUCACCCCCGCGGUUCCUCAGGUCACAGCCCCAUCGUUCUGCGUUUGUCCUGAGGGAGCGCACAGGUUCCAGUGGAUCAGGAACCUGGUUCCAGAGUUUGGGGUUUCCAGCUCUCACAUCCGGGUGCUCUCCUCCCCGACUGAAUUCUAUGAGCUCAUGAAGGAACAGAUAAAGGCAGCCAAGCAGCGAGUGGUGGUGGCUUCUCUGUACCUCGGAACAGGACUCCUAGAACAGGAGCUGGUGGAUUGCAUAGAAGAAACACUGGAGAGGUCACUGCAGGCAAGUGGGCCCUCUGACUUCAGAGUUUCCAUUCUUCUAGAUUUCACAAGGGGAUCUCGAGGCAGGAAGAACUCUCGGACCAUGCUACUUCCCCUGCUGAGAAGGUUUCCAGAGCAAGUUCGUGUAUCCCUCUUCCAUACUCCAAAUCUGCGUGGGCUUCUCAAACGCUUAAUCCCUGAGCGUUUCAAUGAAACCAUUGGGCUGCAGCACAUCAAGGUUUACCUCUUUGAUGAUAAUGUGAUCCUGAGUGGUGCAAACUUGAGUGACUCGUACUUCACCAAUCGGCAGGACCGCUAUGUGUUCCUGCAGGACUCUCCUGAGAUCGCAGAUUUCUUCACUGAACUAGUGGAUGCAAUUGGAGAUGUGUCGCUGCAGUUACAGCCAGAUGAUACAGUCCAGAUGAUGGAGGGGAUGGUGCAUCCUUACCAAGGAGACAAGAUGGCAUAUUGUGAAGUGGCAAAUAGGAGAGUAAUGGAAGUGAUCAACGCUGCCAGGACGCGACAAGAACUCCACAUGCAGACUUUUCAUGGAAGGCGAUCAGAAGGAGAUCCGUUAUUGCCCCAGCAAGACUCUAGUGCAGGAGGGGACCAAAAACCAGAACUGGACACCUGGAUUUAUCCACUAAUUCAAAUGAAACCCUUUGGGAUUCAAAUAGAUGAGAGAGUCACAGAGACGUUGCUGACAGAGGCAGAGCGAGGUGCCAGAAUAUACCUCACCACUGGCUACUUCAACCUCACGCAAGCCUACAUGGAUCUUGUUCUGGGCACCAGAGCAGAGUAUCAGAUUCUACUGGCCUCACCGGAGGUGAAUGGGUUCUUUGGUGCCAAAGGGGUGGCAGGUGCCAUUCCUGCUGCUUAUGUUUACAUUGAGCAUCAGUUUUACAGCGAGGUGUGCUGCCUUGGCCAGCAAGACAGGGUCCAACUGCUGGAGUACUCCAGGAAUGGAUGGACUUUCCACGCUAAAGGCCUCUGGCUGUACUUGGCAGGAAGCAGUCUGCCCUGCCUGACUCUGAUUGGCUCUCCUAAUUUUGGGUACAGGUCGGUUCAUCGGGACCUGGAAGCUCAGGUUGCAAUAGUGACAGAAAAUCGUGACCUGCAGCAGCAGCUCCAUCAGGAUUUGGGGGCUGGAGAAGGGAAGGGGAUCUGCACUCAGCAUCUCCUUUACAGAGCAGGAGCAGCUUUAUCUCAAAUCAGGCGUCGUGUCGUCGUCUACAUUUGAACAGCCAACCCGUUAUGUAAAGCUGUGGGUGAAGCUGGUAACGCCUCUGAUUAAGAACUUCUUUUGAAAGGAGCAAGGAUCCUCCUCUGGAGCCUUAGUGCUGGAGCAUGUGUGUGUGUUUUCUGGUCCUUUACCUUCACUCAACCCUCUGGUUCUGGGAGCCCAGCUUGCUUGCUCUGGAUUGAAGGUCCAGACGUAGGUGGGGCCUCGCAUGCGAGUCUUGUAGACCGGGCACUCGUAGACGUUCUUGGUGUCCAUACGGUCCACAGGGAUGGCUCUGAUGAAGAUGACUGGCAUCGAGGGCGUUAACUCCUUCAGCCGAGCGUCUGUGAUGACACCACUAGGAAUGUCCCACCGAGCACCUGCAGUGUUAUGGCUUAGUCAGUAUACCAGCUGCCAUGGGGCGUUUUCAGUCAGAAGGUUCUAUUUGCUGUAUCUGCUGGGGGGAGAGUUCUCCUAGAAGCAUGGUUAAGGGUCAGCUGGAGGACCAAAGGGCUGUACUGAAGUAGCCUGGGCUUAGUCACCCCUAACACUAUUACUAGAGUCAAUUCUGUCCUUUCUCUUCCUCCCCCAGCGCCCAUGUCAGGGGGCACUGAACAGCUUGGGGAAGAAUGGAAAAUAUGGAAACUCUCCCAUAGCAUCUGCUGGGCAUGGACCUAAGCUUGACAGUACAGUGAUCCUGCCAGGGCCUCAUCCCUCUGUGUUUAUUAGCUGUAAGGGACCUCAAACUAAAGUUGAGAGAACAUUCCCUUCUCACUUAAACUUCCUGCGUCCAGUCAUAGCUUCCUUAUUUAUAUAGGAGACCCAAAUACCAUCAACUGUCUCUGCUCUGAGGUUCACGUGUAGUUGUCUUAAUUUCCAAAAUAAAUCAAUACUAAUGGGCACUGUUUGUCUGUUAGAUGAGGCUGCCCUCUGCUGGCAUGUUUCUGACAAUGACGCACAAUAAAGGCAGCUGCUACCCAAACUGAA